UCAGGGUUGGACAUUUUGGGAUCUAGGGGUGGGGGGGAGAAAGGGAGCGCGACUCCUUGAUUUUUCCCUCCCCACCCCUCUUUGCUUUUCUCUCCCCUUGGCUGGUAUAGGAUUUUCCUGAAGCAGCAGCAGUAGGGGACAGAAACCUUUAGUCUAGAAAAGAGGGUUGGAGAGGUGACUGGAGCUCCUAUCAGCUACCUAGCCUGAGGGUGCGUGCCUGUAAGAGUGUGAAUGCGGUUCCUUUCCACGCUCACCCCUCCACACAUACUUCUCUUCCUACCAGGGUAUCAGUUAGCCUCAAUUUCCUGGUGUUGGCUUCUCCCCUUGCUCUUAUUGUUUGUGGCUUGCCGCGUGAAGCGGGCGCGUGUGUCUGAAGUGACUCAGGUUGGGAGAAAGAGCUAAGAGAGGACCAGCGAGAGCAGGGCAGAAGCAGCACUGGAGCGAAGAGUUUCGGGCACUGGCGAAGGCGAAAGGUGAGGAGGUCUGGUCAGUCAGAGGGAAGUUUGGCAGUAACUGAAGAGCAAAGAGGGAAACCCAGGUAGGAGUCAGUCCUUGGGUCCCUCUUGGCACCCUGAUUCCUCUGCCUGUGCUCAACCACCCACCCACACGGCAGCCACCCGGGACUGUCCCAAGCGGCUGCCUUUUGCGCGCCGCGGAAGAGGAGUCCAAGAAGGCUGUCGCACCACGCGCCCUGGUGCACGGACUCCAGACAACGCAAAUCUGAAGAAAGCUCUUGGCCUGGGCUUUCUAAGUUGAUGUGAGCCAUGGCCCAGCUGUACUACAAGAAGGUCAAUUACUCACCGUACAGAGACCGCAUUCCCCUGCAAAUCGUGAGAGCUGAGACGGAGCUCUCUGCUGAGGAGAAGGCCUUCCUUAGUGCCGUGGAGAAGGGGGACUAUGGCACCGUGAAGCAGGCACUGCAAGAGGCUGAGAUCUAUUACAAUGUCAACAUCAACUGUGUGGAUCCUUUGGGCAGGAAUGCCCUGCUCAUUGCCAUUGAGAACGAGAACUUGGAGAUCAUGGAGCUACUGCUGAACCAUAGUGUGUAUGUGGGCGACGCAUUGCUCUAUGCCAUCCGCAAGGAAGUUGUGGGCGCUGUGGAGCUUCUGCUUAGCUACAGGAAGCCCAGUAGAGAGAAACAGGUACCCACUCUGAUGAUGGACACCCAGUUCUCUGAGUUCACACCAGACAUCACUCCCAUCAUGUUGGCCGCCCACACCAACAACUAUGAAAUCAUCAAAUUGCUUGUCCAAAAGAGGGUCACUAUUCCACGGCCCCACCAAAUCCGCUGCAACUGUGUAGAGUGUGUGUCCAGCUCAGAGGUAGACAGCCUGCGCCAUUCAAGGUCCCGACUGAACAUCUACAAGGCUCUGGCAAGCCCCUCACUGAUUGCCUUAUCAAGCGAGGACCCCAUCCUCACUGCCUUCCGGCUGGGCUGGGAACUCAAGGAGCUAAGCAAGGUGGAAAAUGAGUUCAAGGCUGAGUAUGAGGAGCUCUCCCAGCAAUGCAAGCUCUUUGCCAAGGACCUGCUAGACCAAGCCCGGAGCUCCCGGGAACUAGAGAUCAUCCUCAACCAUCGAGAUGACCACAGUGAAGAACUUGACCCACAGAAGUACCAUGAUCUGGCCAAGCUAAAGGUGGCAAUCAAAUAUCACCAGAAAGAGUUUGUCGCUCAGCCAAACUGCCAACAAUUGCUUGCCACCUUGUGGUAUGAUGGCUUCCCUGGAUGGCGGAGAAAGCACUGGGUAGUCAAGCUUCUGACCUGUAUGACCAUUGGCUUCCUGUUCCCUAUGCUGUCUAUUGCCUAUCUCAUCUCACCCAGAAGCAACCUUGGCCUCUUCAUCAAGAAGCCCUUUAUCAAGUUCAUCUGCCACACAGCUUCCUAUCUGACCUUCCUCUUCAUGCUUCUCCUGGCCUCUCAGCAUAUCGUCAGGACAGACCUCCAUGUACAAGGGCCUCCCCCAACUAUAGUGGAAUGGAUGAUUCUGCCUUGGGUUCUAGGUUUCAUUUGGGGGGAGAUAAAGGAAAUGUGGGAUGGUGGAUUCACGGAAUACAUCCAUGAUUGGUGGAACUUAAUGGAUUUUGCAAUGAACUCCCUCUACCUGGCAACUAUUUCCUUGAAGAUUGUGGCCUAUGUCAAGUAUAAUGGUUCUCGUCCAAGGGAGGAAUGGGAAAUGUGGCACCCGACUCUGAUUGCAGAGGCGCUCUUCGCAAUAUCCAACAUUUUAAGUUCCUUGCGUCUCAUAUCCUUGUUCACAGCCAACUCCCACUUAGGGCCUCUACAGAUCUCUUUGGGACGCAUGCUGCUUGAUAUACUCAAAUUCCUCUUUAUCUACUGCCUAGUACUGCUGGCUUUUGCCAAUGGACUGAACCAGCUUUAUUUUUACUAUGAGACCAGAGCUAUUGAUGAACCUAACAACUGCAAGGGGAUCCGGUGUGAAAAACAGAACAACGCCUUCUCCACGCUCUUUGAAACCCUUCAGUCACUCUUCUGGUCUGUAUUUGGCCUUUUAAAUCUCUACGUCACCAAUGUGAAGGCCAGGCACGAGUUCACCGAGUUUGUGGGAGCUACUAUGUUCGGAACAUACAACGUGAUCUCCCUGGUAGUGCUGCUGAACAUGCUCAUUGCCAUGAUGAAUAACUCCUAUCAGCUUAUUGCCGAUCAUGCUGACAUUGAGUGGAAGUUUGCAAGAACGAAGCUCUGGAUGAGUUACUUUGAUGAAGGUGGUACCUUGCCACCUCCUUUCAACAUUAUCCCCAGUCCCAAAUCAUUUCUCUAUCUUGGCAACUGGUUCAAUAACACCUUCUGUCCGAAAAGAGACCCUGAUGGAAGACGAAGGAGACACAACUUGCGAAGCUUCACAGAACGCCAUGCUGAUAGUCUGAUCCAAAAUCAACAUUAUCAGGAAGUUAUCAGAAAUUUAGUCAAGAGAUAUGUGGCUGCAAUGAUAAGAAACUCCAAAACAAAUGAGGGACUAACAGAAGAAAACUUUAAGGAAUUAAAACAGGACAUCUCAAGCUUUCGAUAUGAAGUACUUGACCUCUUGGGAAACAGAAAACAACCAAGAAGAAGCUUUUCCACUAGCAGUGCUGAAUUCUCUCAAAGGGAUGAUACCAAUGAUGGCAGUGGUGGGGCACGGGCCAAGUCUAAGAGCGUCUCUUUCAAUUUAGGCUGCAAGAAAAAGGCCUGCCACGGGGCACCUCUCAUCAGAACCAUGCCAAGAGCCAGCGGUACUCACGAGAAGUCAAAAGCAGAGUCAUCAAGCAAACGGUCUUUCAUGGGCCCCUCUUUCAAGAAACUAGGUCUCCUAUUCUCCAAGUUUAGUGGCCAGACCUCUGAACCCACUUCAGAGCCAAUGUACACCAUCUCCGAUGGCAUUGCACAGCAGCAUUAUAUGUGGCAGGACAUCGAAUAUUCUCAGAUGGAGAAAGGGAAGGCAGAGGCCUGUUCUAAAAGCGAAAUGAACCUCAGUGAAGUAGAGUUAGGUGAAAUCCGGGGUGCUGCUCGGAGCAGUGAAUGCCCCCUAGCCUGUUCCAGCUCUCUUCACUGUGUAUCCAGCAUCUGCUCUUCAAAUUCUAAACUUUUAGACUCAUCAGAGGAUGUAUUUGAAACUUGGGGAGAGGCUUGUGACUUGCUCAUGCACAAAUGGGGUGAUGGACAGGAAGAACAAGUUACAACUAGGCUCUAAGUCAAGCCACCCGUCAUCUGUUCUGGAAUUCAAGAGAACACUUGUAAUUCCUCAUUCUCAGAGGUGACAGCAAAUACAGUUCCCUCAUGGUCCCCCAGCCAAGCAGUGGAACUCUUAUUAUUUUCCGUCUUUUAUAGCCACAUUCUUUAUGUUCUGUUUUACUGUUAUUAUAAUUUGCCUUUUUAUAUUUAUAAAUACUAGAUUCAUGUCGAAACCAACGGAAGGGGAAUAGCCCCAGUCAGCAGAGGUGCAGUUGGGUGCUUAAUCCCUUUGCUUUGCUGUUCUUACCUUUGCCUCGUUGAAGCUCCUGGUGCCACUUUGCUACCAUAGCUGCCGCACAGAUUCCUGACUUUCCUCAGGAUCUCACACCCAUCUCCCCACAGAGCUGAGGGAUAUGGUCCGCAGUCCCUCCCAGCUAUCAGAUAAGGCAAAUAAAUCUGCCUGUCUUUGUUGCUCUUCAGUGCUACACGCUGCCCCAUGCUGGUUCAAUGAACAGCAUGAAAGGGAGACUGGACUCCAAAGAAUUGUCAGCUUGUGGUUUCUAGGUAGACCUGGCCUUUCUGUUUUGUUUUAAGACACUAUAACUUCUAAUUGUGGGAAUUGUUGAGGUUUCGUUUCUUAAAGAUGUGUUAGUUUCUUAAUGUGUGCCAAUGAGAUAUUUACAACGUGUGUUAUAGCUAAUAAUUUAGCUGCUUUGCUUUCCCGUGUUUGUAUAUUUUGGUUAACUUAUAUACUUUAAAUUUUGAGAGUAUCAAAGUUAGUAUUUAGGAUGUGUACUUUUUUCCAAAAAAAUCUUCUACUGCAUUCUAACCAAUAGUUACUACAGCUCAAACAUUGGCAAGAAAAAAUAUAAUUAGCUGGUAUAUUUAUAGGGUCCUAUCUACUGUGGAUAGUUUUAAUCAUCAUUGAUAUAAAGGCAUUUCUAAGAUUAAAGACUGGAUUUGAAAUAUUUUUUAUCAGAAAAAAUGACAUUUUACUGAGGUGUUUAAAUAUAGGGGGGAAAAGAGCACCUCAAUUUAAUUAAUUGCUUUCUGGAAAGAAAACCUAGCAGACACAAUUUUAGGUUCAGAUAACCUAAUUCAGGUUGCAGCUGCAAUAUCCACUGGGGGACAGUGGAAUCUGCAUGUGUGAACUGUUAGAGAUAUAAUGUAAUAAUCCUAGUGGAUUCGUAGAACUCAAUUCUGCCUUCAAAGAAAGCUACAUUUACACAUUCAAACUCUUUCCCAUAGUCCAGGAGUACCUAAUUACAACACAAGUUAAAGCGAAGUUAGGAUGAAUAUGGUAGCCAUUUUAGGAUUGAUAUCCACUAAGCAAUGGCCUGCCGAGCAAGCAUAGUUUUACCAUCAUAUGUGUUGCUUGUGGACAUUAACAAUUUAUAUGGUAGAAAAGUAAAACUGUUCAUUGGGCAUCACCUGUUCUUUUUAAAUGUCAACACCAACAAGAAUCCAUCUAUAUUCUUGUGUAAUGUCUGCUGGAUGUGAAAUGAGGAACCGUUAAUGUAAAUGUGUCUGUAAACUUGCUUUUGACAGUGUAGUUUAUGUUAAACUGAUUUUCCACCUCUAUCCCUAGUAUUGGUGAAUGAUGGUAAAACUGUUUCUUGUGGAAAUGAGCCAAAUCAUGGACAAGGGAGGUAGGAAGUUGUGCUGAAUACAGCUCAGAUACACAGAAAAAAGAAUUAUGAGAGCAAAAUGAACCAACACACAUUUGGCAAGGGUCUGUUCCAAAAUAAUCUUAGUCUUAUCUGAAGUGCUCAUAUAUUCAAAUCCAACUGCUGCCCUACUUUACUGAGGGACUAUUACAAAUAGUUCCAAUACUGAGACAGAUUACUUUCUAAAAGGAAGAAUUCUAAAGUAAUUUCAACAUUUCCAACUGUAGCAUUUAUUCUUAAUGAUAAAUUAACCGACUACAACCAUAACUCACAAAACCACCAACAAAGCCAAUAUAUAAGCAUAUAGUAAAAACAUCUUUCUCAAAAAUAUAUGGACUAUUAACAAUCUAUGUGUAACUGUUCUAAUGGUCAAGUCGGUAGAAAGCCAUGAAAUUAUGUUCAGAUGCAGUCUUCUCUCAGUUAUGUUCUGGAGAGAAAGAAAGAACAUUACAACAACCAUUCUCUCCUGUUGAAAGAAACUAGCGCCAUAUUUCUUGGGAACAAAUUCCAUUGCAGAUCUCCUUAAAGUUUUCAUCUUUGUGUCUUGGGCUUAAGACUUCACUAGCUAUCUUGAGACCUCAUUUAGAAUAAAGGCUGCAACUAAACAGUCAUUAUCCGAAGUUCCAUGUGAGUGAUAGCAACAUUUUUAUUAACAUCUUUCUACCCUGUCAAUCAGUUACAGUUUAAAAACAUUUUAGGGAUGGAUAACUUUCCUAAUAGUCAGUCCUGAGUUCUGUUCCUGGUACCAAUAAAAAAAAAGUGAAGGGCUGGAGAGAUGGCUCAGUGCUUAAAAGCACUUGCUCGAAUAGAGGACCCAGAUUUU